AUGACGUCGUACGCCGAGCUCCUCGCCGCGUGCACGGAGUUUCAGGAGAAUUUUGCCAGUCUCAACGGGAAGUACAACGCCGCGGCGCAGGAGCUGCAGAACGCGCGGGCUGCGAAUGAGCGGCUGUCGAAGCAGCUUACGGUGAUGCGGGAGGGUGAGGACAGACUUCAGGGGACCAUUCGUGAGCUCAAGCAGGAGCUGCAGGAGGCGCGGGCAUACAAGGACCGCUACCUCGCCGCGAACGUCUCGGUGGAGCACCUCAAGGGGCGGCUGGAGAACGCCCGCCGCGCCAUGGCGGACAAGAUGCUGGAGCAUGAGCAGCAGGUGGAGCAGCUGCGAGGGCAAAUACGGGACUUGCUGCAGCGUGUGAGCGUCUUCACCGACGCCCAGGCGACGCAGCAGCUGAAGAAGCAGGUAGUGGAGCUGCAGGAGCGAUGCGCCGAGCAAAACGGACACCUGCUUGAGGAGAAGGAGCGCGGUAGCCAGCAGCUGCUCACGGCCCACACUGCCCUGCGUGAGCAGCAGGCCCGUGGCCUCGAACUUGAGCAGCGCUGCCGCACAUUAGAGGCGGAGAUCACGCAGAUGCGCUCCGUCGUGCGGCGCUCAGCGGACCUGCAGAACGAGGCCGCGGUUGCCAAGGAGAAGAGUGCCUCAGAGGCGCGGCGCGCCGUCAUGCAGGCGGAGUCUAUUGCCACCGAGCUCCGCGAGACGCAGGCUAGGCUCAGCGCGGCUGCCGCAGUGCACGUGGAGGAGCUGGAGGCGGCGAAGGCCGCUGCAGACGCGGAGGCGUCGCAGCUGCUCGAGCGCGUUAGUCAACUCUCCGCCGCUGUGGAUGACGCCGUCGCGGCACGGACGGCGGAGCAGGAGCGGUACGCGGCGCUGCAGCGCUCUGUCCACGAGCGGGCCGAGAUGGCGCGUGCCGAGGCGCGGCUGGAGGUGGCGGCGCUGCAGAAGUCACUUUCCGAGGCCCGCGCGGAGGCGCAGCAGACUGCGUGGCGCUUAGAACAGACACAGAUGGAGCUAGAGGAGAGCCGACUGCGCAGUGCGGCAGCGUGA